AUUCGCACGGUUACCAGCAUAUUCUUUGGCGCAAUGCCUCCCAAACUUGAUGCGGUGGAGAUGGAGCGCCGACUUCGCGCAGAACUGCGAGCAGACCUUCGUGAGGAGCUGGAAGCACAACUCCAGCCAUUGGCCUCCCGCCUUAGCAUUCUGGAAGCCCUGUUCGGGGAGGAAGACUGCGCGUUGCUGAGUCAGAAGGAGCGUGCGAAGGUGUCAAAGCUUCCUGUUCCCGUGGCAAAGCCCAUGGUGAGCGAGUACACAGGGGACACAUCAGAGGACCUCUUAACGACUCACGCCUGCUUCGAGGGGACUACGUGGAAUGUGUUGCUGGUCCUGGGCCUGACCGAUACGGGAUGGGUGGAUGAUUGCAUCGCCUGCCUGGUCCUCGCGGUGAACAUUGUGAUGCAGCUCCUGUUCUGCAAGACGAUUCUGUCCCCCCAGUUUGCGGGGGGUUCCUUUUCCGACAAGACGAGUGCUGCCAAGAGAUGGCGGGAGCUGGUGGGACACGAUGCCAGCUACAUGGACCCCACCCCCAGCAGCCUGGUGUCUCGGGUCUGCAAUAACGACGAGACGCUGAUCAUGGCGCAGGCCCAGGCCUCGCUGAUCAAGAACAUCAACGCAUACCUGGGUUUGGGGAACAUGCAGAUGCAUGCAGGCUUCUUUGCCCCCGGCAUCUUACUCUGCACCCUUUGCAUCAUGCAGUGGUGCCUCUACUUGUUUGAGGAGUUCCGCACCAUUUUCCUGGCCACUCUGGCGAUUUGGCAAGUGCCCCGCGCCAGCCGCACCGUGCUUCGCCUCGGCCGCCUCGCGAGCAUCUGCCAGGCGCGCUUCGUGGGGCAUUUGGCGCUCACGUGCCUGCGCGCCUGCAUCGCGGCCAUGCUGCUGCAUGCCGGCAUCCUGUGGCUGGCAGGCACCACCUCCAUAGCGGAGCUCAUGGUGAACGGCGUGGCGCUGGUGGCUAUCCUCGACGUGGACGAGAAGCUCUUCGCGUCGCUGAUGCCCCGGCGCAUCCAGGCCAAGGUGGACGAGCUGCACGCGGUAAAGCUCAGGUGGAGCAAAACGCAGGGCCAGGUGGAGUCCUUGGUCCUCGUCGUUUGCAUUGCAGGCGUGCUGCUUUGGUCCUGCCUUUGUCUUCUGGUGCCAUUGGAGCAGGCCAUGCAAGCGGUAAAGCAGGAGUACUGCGGUGGUGCCAGGGACUUUGUGCUGAAGGUCAAUCCCAACGUCAAGGUGCCGGUGACGCUGGUCACCGCCCCCUACUCCGAGCAGCGGCCCAGCCUCAGCGAGGUGGCCACCCGCGACGUGAUGCGCGCCAUGAACCGCCACCAGACCCCCACGCUGGCGGUGGUCACGCAGAGCCUCGGGGACUUCACCACCUGGAGCACCAGGUCCCUGAACAAGUGGUCCAGCGGCUACAUGCAGAAAUGCCUCAGCUGGGACUACCCGGUCUUCAUCAACUCAGCUGCCUUCGCGGCUGGGCGCUCCCCGAAAGGCGUGACCUGUGAGAACCUGGCGGGACACUGCCAGGACCCCAGCGCCCAACUGCUGCGCGUGGUAUGCCCCUUCACCUGCGGCUGCACGGACCCCACGUUGGCCUGGUAUCGCUCGCCCUCUUCAGGCUGUCCCGCCGCCUGCCUCCGCGACUCCGAGAAGGCGACCGCGCGCAUGCCCUGCCGGGACUUGGAGGUCAGGAGCCGGCGCUGGCGCCAGACCUGGCAGCGCUGGCCCGAGGUGGCAGUCUUCACCUUUCAAUUGGACAAAGUCACCGGCCAGGGCCGCCAUCACUGGAAGCUGCUGAAAGACCAGGCAGAGCGACUUCUGGCUGGGGGCUGCCCCUUGCUGGCCACUGAGAAGGUCCACAUCUACUUCAAUAGCUCCUUCUGUCAGGGCGCCCGCGGCCUCUUCUCUUCCCUGGCGCCCCUCUGCCCCGAGACCUGCGGAUGUCGAACUUCGAGAGCCGGCCACGGCGACGGCCCGCAGGAUUGCCCUCUGAGCUGCGCGUAGCGGACCGCUGCCCUCGGCCAAAGCCGCGGCCCAGAAUGUUAAGUGGCUACGCGUCGGCGGCGCGGAUGACGAAACGC